AUGGUGAAUUGGAAAGUGGUAAAACCCGAGCCUAGAUACGAGGAUCUUAUGGCCGAUAUGUUUAGUAAGGAAUUGAACCAUCUUGAUUUGUCCAAUCCUUUGAUAGUUGGUUCAAUAGAUGCUGAUGCAAACAUAGCACCGGCAGUAGCUGUACAACAACAAUCUGAGAAGACUAUUUUGAUUGAAUUUGAAGAUGAAUUUGAUGAUUUUAGUACACCUCCUAGUGCAGACCUUCUCAAAAAAAUGAGGUUUGAUGUUGGUCAAUCUUCACAUCCUCCUAUAAAGAAACAAAAAAUAGUUGAGGAGUUAGAAAAGGUUAGCUCACGAGUAGCAAAGCCUAAGAAACAGUCAGACAAGUUGUCCAAAGAUAAAAAUUUGGCAGAUCCUUCAAUGGAUCUUCCGGAGCCUCGAGUUUCCUUGGAUAAAGACAAAGUUGUGCCUAAUGUUGAGAUGAGGGAUGCCGAUAAAUCAUUUGCUGCUUCAGAGGAAAAGCUAUCACUAUCCAAGUCUGAUUUGGAUGAGAUAAAGUCUUAUGUUAGGACCUACGUUGACAUAAAAUUCAAUGAUCUUCAAAAGUUGAUGGUUGACCAGUAUACAGAACUUUUGGGAGUUGUGAAAGAAAGUUUUGCUUCAUUUGGCAAGGUUGCUCAAUAUCCAGUGCAUGAAAAUGAAAAAGACAACCUGGAUAUAGAAGAGGAUCCUCCUCAAUCUCUUAAUGCGCACACAACGGAUGCUAAAAAUUAUAAUGUUGUAGAUGCUGUUGGUCAAUCAUCUAAAUUAGGUGGUAAAGAAGGAGCAGCUUAGGAAUCCUUUAAGGAGUCUGAAGAGGCCCUUCAUAAUACAGAUGAAGAUUUGUCUAAAGCUAUUACCUUGUACGUACCACCAUCGCGUGCUGCCUAUCCAACAGGGAUCAAUUAUAUAGAUGCUGCAGCUAUUGACACAUCUGAUCGGCAAGACAAUAUUGAUAGUCAGUGUUAUAUUAGCGACAACGCUAUUGUAGCUAUUUCUCAGAUCCCUGUGUGCAAGACUAAUCCAAAAUAUGUCAGGGAACUUCCUUCCAAUAGAAAUAGACAGCCAUCAAGAGUAUAUCAGUCACCAUUUGUCAGUGAGUUUGAUUCUGGGUCAAAAGAUAAAGAAGUCAUCCAGUUGCAAAAAAAGUUGAAAUAUUCAUUUGAAGGUCACAACAUUAAUGGACCGUAUGCUGAAGAUAUCUUCUCUAAGUUCUCUGUUUGGAUGUCAGCUGGACUGUACAAUCCAUAUGCUACUAAGUAAGGAAAGGAUGAGUACUACACGACCAAA